GAUCAGACGCGGAAAGUUUGUCACUUCAUCCUGAGGAAGGCCAUGAGAAGUGUAGGGAGCAACAUAUCAGCAAGGUACAAUCCUGGACUUAUUCGAAAACAAGAGCAAGCUCAAUGUAUUACUUCUGGUAAAACACUUUAUAAGUACAUUGUUUAGUAUUGGUUUUUAUCACUAUAGAGUUUAUAUAAUAUAUUUGUCAUUUUCUGUAUUGUUUAUUUAAACCUUAUAUCCUUAAUGAAUUGAUGGCGUGCUGCAGUAAAAUUAAAGAAACACUAUAGUGUCAGGAAUAGAAACGUGUAUUUAGGUCCCUUAAAUGGGAUAAAAACUCAAAAAUAAAAAUAAAAAUGUUAUUCCAGCGCCACAUGGGUCUGCUGAAUUUGGCCUCGCCCCUUACCCUUCUCCUUGACAAUCUAAACCAAUCCAAUGCUUUAUCAUUCUGAGGCGGGUUAGGUGCGGAGCCAAAUGCCACGCUGGCCAACCAGCAUCUCUUCAUAGAGAUGCAUUGCAUAAAUGCAUCUCUAUGAGGAACGUUCAGCAUGGAGACGCUGAAUGUCAGUACUGCACGUUGUGCAGCACUGACCCAGGAAGGACCUCUAGUGGCCAUCUGAGUGACUGCUAUUGGAGGUGUCCCUAGGGAGCAAUGUAAACACUGCAUUUGCUCUUAAAAGGUAGUGUUUACAUUAAAAUGCCUGAAGGAACUGACUAUACUCACCAAAACAACUACAUUAAGCUGUAGUUGUUCUGGUGACUAAAGUGUUCCUUUAAAUGAACACCCCAAGCACCAUAAUCAUUGCAUCAUUCUGUAGUGCUUGUGGUGCCUGGAGAGCCCCACAAUUGUAAAAAGUCAGUUUUUUAGAACGGUUUGCAUUCUUUCCUAGAGUCCGCGGGUGAUUUUCCCCACCUCCACUACAUUAGUCUGAGAAGUGGAAGCUCUCUUUCUCUCGGAGAUAAAACCAGUGGUGCAGGUCUGAGCUCAUUGGCUGAAAGCAAGCAGCUGAUAUUCCCAGCCAAUGAGCUCCACUGCAGGGCUUCGCUAACAAAGACGGCUAACUAACGCCUGCUUAGGAGCAUCUGGCUCUCAGACUGAGGUAGUGGAGGCGUAGAGUGGGAAGCAUUACUUGGCAUAACCCAGGUAAGAAGUCAUACUGUUCUAAAACUGUUUGACUUUUUAUUAUGUGUGCAUCAGGACACGCCUGGCUUGGACUGUUCCUUUUAAUGCAGUCUGAUCUGUGAAACUAAAAUUUCCUCCAAUUCAACCAUUUAUACCAAGAUACACUCCUUCCACAAAAACAACAAUCUCUUUUCUGUCAAUGAACAUUACAUGUAUUCGGAGGAACAGAAAACCAGUUCCAGUGCAGUGUGUGCCCUAAUACUGAAUGGCCUGAACAGGAUUCUCUCGUCAAUCGUUAAAUGUUUAAUAUACAUUUAAAAAGAAAAUGGAACAUCACAUAAAGAGAUUUACAAUAAUUUAUUCAGCAGUGUAAUUUUAAGUGUUGGUUCCUCUAUCAGAAAUCAUUCCAUAGAAAACCAAAUUCCUAAUUAACUUGUAUAGAUUACCCAAAUACAUUUGCAGGGAAGGAAGAUGCAAAAAUGUUGUACCAAAAUCCUCCACUAGGCUGUGCUAUGCUAAAGAGAGACUCAAAGGGAUUGAUUGGGAGUUAUGUGUGUAUAAAGGUGUUUCUGUGAGAAAAGAGAACACAAUUGGUGUCUGCUUAUGUAUAAAGAUUCCUACCAGAAACAUCCCUGUGGUGAAAUAGAAAGGUUGUCUUCUUAUUAUUUAGUUAUUUUGUUGCAGACAGUGUAUUUUGCACAAAUGCACCGUUUUUAGAUCACUUUGCUAACUAUAGCUCUCCACUGUGAUGACUUUAAUCUAUAUGUAGGCAAUCUCUGAUCUAAGGGGUGCUCUAGACUCACAUUUUCACUUAAUUUGUGGGUUUUUUAUUCAGAGACCAACAUAUUUAUAAAACAUAAUCCAUAUGGUUUUGUCCCAUUACAUUUAUGUAUUUUGCAACAUUUCCAUCAAAAAGACCUACAGCAGCAAAUGCUUAAAAUGUCUAUUAUAACAGCAAAAUAGUGCUGCACUCUGGAAUUGUGAUAAGUCCCCUCCGAUAACCUAGUUUGUGAGCCCCCCCCCCCGAGAAAUCCAACUGUCUCCCUCUCAACUGCCAGCACAUGCAGGCGCCAGCCCUGCAAUGUGCCUGCGGACCGGAGGGGAGAUCAUAGAUUUCCUUCCCUGGUCCGCAGGCACAUUGCUGACAGCCGGCAGGGAAGGGAGAGGGAGGAGAGAGGACCUGGGAGCUCAUGCUGCAGCUCCUCCGGGUCCUCCUCUAGCGAGAUUUGGAGCGUUGCCGCAGUUACUUGGAGUGCGGGCUAGAGUUCACUGGGACCACCAGGGAAUCACCACUGGGACCACCAGGGAACGAAAUAUGUCCCCCCUCCUCCUCAAUAAAGGUAAGAAGGGAGGGGGGACAUAGAAUAUUUAUUUUAAUUAAAUAAAAAAUAAAUACAUAUAUUAUAGAAACAGCCCCCCUACCCUUAUCACACACUCUAUACACAUACUGCCCCCUCAUACACACAUACUGCCCCCUCAUACACACACACACACACACACACUGCCCCCCAUACACACACACAUACUGCCCCCCAUACACACACACAUACUGCCCCCCCAUACACACACACAUACUGCCCCCAUACACACACACAUACUGCCCCCAUACACACACACACACACACUGCCCCCAUACACACACACACACCGCCCCCAUACACACACACACACACUGUCUCCCAUACACACACACACAUACUGUCCACACACAUACUGCCCCCAUACACACACACACACUGCCCCCAUAAUACGCACACAUUGCCCCCCCAUACGGACAUUCUACACACACACACACCCUGCCCCUAUACACACAUUGCCUACACUGCAAUACUCACACACACACUGCAACUGUUACACACACAUACUGUCCCACACAUACACUGCAUCCCUGACAUACACUGCCGCCCUCACUCACAUACUACAACCUUCACACACACACUGCUCACACACUGUCCCCCUCACACACACACACACCUUUCACCCCUUACACAUUGCACCACUCACACACACCACUGCUCCUAUGCCCUACUACAGCCUCAUUUCCCAGCAGACCUCAGGUAAGUUGGCAAACUGUUCUUAAACGGUUUGACUACUUACUCUGGGAGGUGGUCCCGGGACUAUUGACACCAUAACCACUACACUAAGCUGUAGUGGUUAUUGUGUCUGUAUUAUUUCUUUAAUCUACAAGUGCCCCUCCCGAGAUCAGGCUCUGGAUCCGCCACUGGCUUGAACAAGAUAAAAUGAAAAGGGAUUAGUGUAAUAGGGUGUUUUACGUCAGCUAGGCUAAGUAUGGCAAUUUGUUUAUUUAAAGAAUUUUAAAUGUUGCAUAAAUACUGUGUAAGCAGAACAAGAGACCUACGUGUUUUUUUGUUUUUGUUUGUUUUUUAAGAAACUCCCAAGCAAUUACAUGGCUAAAGAGUUUAGGUCACUACAUUUAAAUACAUUAAUUAUAAUUUAAUUUGCAUAAUGCCUUCAGACUCCUUAGUGUUCCUUUAACAAAUAAAUAUUGAGCACUUGAGUGUUGGGAAUACAAAGCUUUGUGAAUGAUUGCAAAUGAACAAUGGACAUUAAGGCACAUAUCUCUUGCUCCUUAUUACUAACAUUUUAGGAGAGAAGUGGCAUAAUGAAUUUAUUCAUAGUAUAACACUUAAGAGAGAAGCUCCAUCCCCCUACCAGGCUUCAGGUUGAUUCUGUACAUCAAACAUUGGAUUAUCUUUAAUCUUUGCAUCGCGUGGCAGAAGGUUAUUGUCCAUUAAUGGCCAGUAAUAGCUAGUGACAUACAGUAGACAAUUUACUAUCAUAUUGGUUAUUAUCUUCUUUAGCUGUUCCCACCUUUGUAAAAGUAAUUACAAGCUUGCCUCAAACUGGCUAGUGGACAAACAAGUCUGUCCACCCAUAAAUGAACAAAUGGAAAACCAGUUUUUAUGAAGCCACUUCAGCUGAGAAAUUAUUUUUGCAAAUGUUUGCUUGUGCUACAGGAUAUUUCAGUGUACAUACCACAAUUAAAUGUGUAGGCAAACCCUGUUUAAACAGAGUUGUCCAAUUUGUGGGGGUGUAUAGUGGUGAAAACAUAUAUUAUAUUGGGUAUGGUGUCCAUAACAAUGCUUCCCAACUAUUGUAUUAUAUAACUAACUCAGUAUACUGCAACUGUAAUGUGAUGAACAUUGAAGGAACACUCAAAGCACCAGUGUGCUGUAGUGCUUAUGGUGCAAGGAGUUCCCUUGCUCUCCCUGCUUGUUUCACGUAAUUAUAAUUUAGAGAAUCUGUGAUAUAAAUUGUCAGUCCCUGCAUACAAUGAUGAAUGUUAAGUUCCGUUUCCAAUAACUUUCUUUACUUUUUUUUUUUUAAAUUUAUAUAUAAAGGUUAUAUUACCAUCUGGAGCUGAGACGAGUUCAGAGUCUACCAGUUAAUUUCGUCAUUCGAUCCAGUGAGUCUUUGCCCAGAUGGGUGAGAAGCAGCACCUCUCUUAUGGACCUGAUGCAAAAAUGGGAUGAAUAUCAAAGACAACUGAUGCCUGGACUCUUCUGCAUUAAUCUUAACAUGAAGGCUUCUCUGUACCAUCAUGAAGAGCCAGAACUCCCUCAACUUCCCAUGGACCCUGAUAGCCUAAUAAUGGUGGAAGUGGCUUAAGAUCGGAAUUAUGCUGGUCAUCUCAGUGAUUGAGGCCUAGAACACCUCUUAUAAUAACCAUAGUUGGCUGUUUUUAUACAUAAAUUUCAGUUGAAUAAAGUCUAGCAAGAUGGCACAUGUCAUCUUUAGGAGAACAACUAGGACAAUGGCCAAUUUUGGGUCUAUUAAGGUGGCAACUGCCUUAUUUGGACGUACGCUCUGAUGGGAGGGUUGGCGGUGUUACCUAUAACAUCUCAUGCUGAUCAUGGUGUAGUGGACCCAACAAAUCUUGCCAUAGUAAAUAUGCCUGUGGAAUAUAUAUACUUAAAUAAUAUUUUUUUCUUAAGAGCUUUUCAAGGAUUCUGAAACCACUGUAAGAAACUAUGAAUAUUCAUUUGAAGACCUUGUGGGACCAGUUAGAAUUUCCACUUUAAUACUCUUGAGUACUGGGGCACUCUGGGGAUUUUUUUUCACUAUUUCAAUUAUUGACAAACUGUUACUUUACAGAAUUAAAGAUCAGCCUGUUCGACAUAGCUCAGAGCUGAUGACAUUCACUUAGACGAAGACAAUGCAAGAUAAAAACACAUUUAUAUAUUUAUUUUGAUGUUAGGAUACCAUCAAAAUGAAAAUAAUGAGGAGCCAAAACCUUAAACUGUAUUAUGUAAUUAUGUGCAAUAAUUUAAAUUAUUAUCUCUGCUUCUGCCAAUGUUUUUUCCUUUAUAGCACCAUUGCUUCAGGUUAACCUGUUUCUCCUGUAGAACAAUUUUUUCCCCCCAUGGCAUUCUGCAUAAAUGUCUAUUUUUGAUAUAUUGCAUUAUAUAUUCACAAUAAUGUUAUGGUGCUGUGUGUUCUUACUAAAAAUAUAAAAUGCUGCGGUAAAGUAAAAUUUACUUAUGGAUAAGGUUAUUGAAACGUUGAUUAUAGAAAAUUGAAAAUGAUAAGGAAAUUAAGUGCAUCAUUUUCUUUGAUUUUUAUAAAGUUCUAUAAUAUUGUGUUAAUUAAGUAAUGCUCAAUGCAGGUUCACAGUGUGGCAGACUAAACCUAUACUAUUAUUCUAUAAUAUUGCUGUACUACAAGCUUUUAAAAUAUGUGUAAAGUUUUCCAUUAUUUUUCACAUUUUUAAAGUGGCACGUACUGUUUUUCAGCAGACCAGCUGUUCGGUUUUCCUUUAUAUUUUUUUCCUUUAUCUUAAAAACACGCAUGUGGCAAAAUGCACAAAGGAAAGUAAUUAAUUAUAUAAGAACAUGUCACAUAUCAACCACUGUUCAUCAUAGAAGCAAAAUAUCACAUUGGCAGGGAGUAGUGUCCUUGCAGAAAAUGCAAACAUCUGCAAGUGACUCUUCUGUCUUCAGGCUAACAAUGUAUCAUGGUAGUUGUAGUUCAUCAGCAGCUACCUUUUGGUCAUCCGAGCUCUAAACAAUAAUCAGUCAUGGCAGGUUCACUUCAACUGCAAUUGCCCCGAUAUGCAUUGAAUAUAUAAUUUAUAUAAAAGGUCCCAUCCCACAUGUCAAUCAAUUCCUCGAAGAUAAAUAGUUUUUUCUCCCAUUCUACAAACACAAUAUAUAGGUGGGAUUUAAUGUACUCUUACAUUAAAUACAUGUUUCAUUACAUGAUCAAAGGAAGCCGUGAAAUGUGUUUAGUAAGUAGUGAAAAUGAAGGGUGCAUGUGAAUGCGAUGGGAUUAAAGGAACACGCCCCUGCAAAGCUCAAGUCAUAAAUGUGCUGAUUUCAAAAGAAAUCAACACUUUUUAAUGAACCACUUUAGCGUGGUUUUAGUUUUCCCUGCUUUAUUUGCUUUACACUAUAGCUUAGAGCAAAGCUGAAUGCUUCUCCUAGAGAAACCUGGAAGCAUUGUAGUGCCCUCUGUCCCUAUCCUUUUUCCAUGAGAAGUUUUGGAUUAAACAAAGAUCAUCAGGACUGAUGAUAUCAUCACAGGCAGACUGGCCUGCAGCGAGAACGUCUUCGCAUUGCAAUAAAGGUAGAAGUUUAUCCCCCCUCCCCCCCUUUAAUAUAAUAUGAAAAAAAAAGACAUGUAAAAAAUGCAUUUUUCUUAUUGGAGUGUUCCUUUAAUCAUAAAAAAUGUUAUACUGUUCAGAAUUUGUUUUAUGGAAUACAGGAAAGUGAUUUUUAAGGACAAUGAAAAUGUCAUUGUUAACAAAGAGGGUUACAGUAAGUCAUUAGUUUUGGAUCCUUGUGGGAAAGACACGUAAUACAGCAAACUAUACAAGAUUUGGCAGCAUACUUAAUCCCCACAAUAUUGGCUGAGAGUGAUGGGGCCUUUAGUUUAACAUUGGCUUGUUUAUUAUAUAUGAGACCAAACACAAUAAAACUCCACACAGUUCAAAUACCAAAUUUAAUGUUCUGCAUUAACUGCAAAUCUUAAGUUGGACUUUGAGAAGAAGGUCUUGGGUGUAGACACUCGAGAAAUCAUGUUUCAGUAAUUAUCCCAGAGUUCCCAGUACUUUUUCUGUGUGUUUGAGAUAUAUUGCAUUGUCCCUCUUCCCUCCCCCCUCCUCCCACCCAAUGUUAAUUGCUGUUGAUGCAAUGAAGCAUAUUUAUUCUAAAAUGAUGAGACGUAGACAUAUAGGCACUACUUAUUAAUUACCGUAUAUUUUUUUUUACAGGAAUGACAUUACUGCCUCUCAUAGGGUUGUAUAAUCUUAAUGCCAGCCUUUGCAAUCAGUAGCAUACCUAAUAAUUCCAUAGGCUCUCUUAUUCUAGAACUUACUGGGCAUAACAUUUUUUUUUAAUUUUUUUUUUUAUUUGGUUAUGCAAAAUGUCUAGAACAAGUAUAAGGGAUGUUUUAGUCCAAGAAGGCUAUAGUGCUGCAAAUGUUUCUCAGUCCUUUUUAAGCUAUAUUGAUCAGGGACAUUUAUUAAACAUAACUUGUCAGUUUUACUGCUAGUUCAACAAACUAUUGACAUAGACCUAUUUUGCUUCAUAAGCUUUCAUUUGUAGUUUUCCAUUUAUUUAUUCAUUCAAAGGUUCAACUUGUUCACUGCAGGGAAACUACUCAGUUCAUUUUAUUCAAAGUUUAUCAAGGGGGCAUCAGCAAUACUGACUUCAGGUAACUGAGUCGGCCAUUUUGUGCCAUUGACAUCAGACAUUUUAAGGAAUUUUAUUUAAUUUUUUGCCUUUUUUUUUUUUUUUCAAUCAAGACUUAACAAUUACCCUGCAUUAAAUCAGCAUUUAUAAACUCAGGUUGUCUUUUAUUUUCAUUGCUAACUUAUUAAACUUUUAGUUGUGUAGAUUAUUAUAUUAUAUAGUUCUGUAUUCUGCUUAAGUAUAUGUUUUUAAGUUGUUUACGACAUUUACGGUAUCUUUUCCUUUGGGUUUUAUUUUUUUGUUAAUGUUAUACCUCAACAUGGGUGAUCCCUAGGUAAUGAACCAAACUAUGUUUGCCUUCGGGGGCCCUGCAUUCACAAGGUAUUAACCACUUUCUACCUCAAAUCAAACCUAGUGCUUCACGCAAAUUUGAUUUGUCUGAAAUGUAAAGUUAAUUUCAAAUUCUAGGACAAAAUGGCCAAAUUAAAAACCUGGCUGACUAGAGACUGUUUCCAGUUAAACUAUUUUACCUAAAAUUCAAAUUAACUUUGACUGACCGCUCACACUUUACUGAAUAACCCUGACUCUAAAAUCUGUUGACUAAAGAUAUAUAUUUGAGUUUCAUAAGCAUGCAGCACUGCCUACCACUACAGUGACUAUUAUAUGUGUUCUAAUCUCUAUAAAACUUAAUAUUUUAAGAUCUGACUGGACAUCGGCUAAAAUCCCACACUUCUGUUCUAAACAUCCACCUGCUAUUGCAUAGCUGAUUUGAGUUGUUCCUCAGUCCUAAUUAAUGUAAUACCCAAGGCAUGUUUUGUCAGGUUGGUUAAAAAUACAAAUUAAGGUACUGGUAACUUUCACAACCCUAUAUAAUUUAUACUCUAUAUUAUUUCUGGUUAGUGAUCCUAGAGUCACUGGAAAAUUUCUAAAACUUAAUUUGGGGGGCAGGCUUUUAUACUUCUCAGACCAGACAGCCCUCUAUAGGUCAUGAACUGAAAACAAUGCAAAAAAAAAAAAAGACUGGCUCAAGGUGAUAUGAUUUGGAUCCAAAAAAAAAAGCAUACAAGGCCAAGAUACCUGAACUGUUAUUUUUAGUUUUCCUUCUGUUUCUUCUUAUUGAAGUGAUUAUAGUUCAUGGAAUCCCCUCGACACUGUUCUUCUGUUUACUGUUAAAUACUUUUUCUACGGUUUAAUGUGAAACAAGAGUCCCCAGCAGCAGUGAUUGGCUGAGAGUGUCAGCUGACUGCAUUCAGCCUACCGCAGGCUCCCAUGAAUGGUAUGGAUUGGUAUAGCUAAGGAAAAAUGGAAUCUGACACAUCACCAGUGGUGCCAAGCUGUAUGUGGCCAGGAUCCCUCAAUCAUUUUUAAACAGUUUUUUAAAAUGGUUUAACACCAAAUGGAUGGACAGUGCCCAGGGUUUCCAGGAACUAUAACUACUUCAAGAGAUGAAAUGGUUAUAUUGCCUACAGUGUCCCUUUCACUCUCCCAUUGCAUACUGACUUGCUAUUCUUUGAUAGAAGGAUUUUUUUUUUUCCAGUCCUGGUCAGUUUAGUGGUCUUUGAAACCAGAGGAUGUACUUGUUUACUAAUGGUGGACUGCGCCACAUAGUAUUAAGGUAUUCUGACAUUCUCAGAGUAACCAAACCAUGGUGUCAUUCAGAAAAAUAUUCAAAUUGCAGAAAGCAUUUUAAAAUUGUAAUUAUUAUAAAAUUGUAAUAACCACUGCAAGAGGAUCUUUUAUAUUGUGGACACCGGAUCCUAUUGCUUGUGCUUAAACCUGUCUUUUGUGUAGCAAAAUGAGUCAUUUGUGUAGAUGAAUACACUUUUUACACUAAGAAAUGUGCCAAUACCCCAAAACCAUUUCUCCAAUUUGUUACCUUAAAGGAGCCUUCCAAACACAAUGCCCCCUAGAGCGUGCUGUAGUGUUUAUGGUUCAGUGCGCUAGUGCCAUCAUAAUUGUAAGUAAUCAAACCAUUUUAGAACAAUUUGAUUUCUUGCAUGGAGUCUGCUUGCUGCUGUUCUCCCGGUGAUUAUGGUAGUUCCACUGAGCUGUGAAGAGAGCACGCUGUAGUGGUUAUGAUACUUGGACGGUUUCUUUUAAGGAUUGCGACGGAAUUCUGCAAGACCCCUUCAAGUGUUAUUAUGGGUUUAACUGUGUGUGUACAAUUAUAUAUAAUAUCUGUAUAUUGUUAUAGCUGCACUGGUCUGAUUUUAUCUGCUGUUAAAUUGUAACUUAAUCUGCUCUGUAUGUAAAUAUCAUAUAAAUAGUUUACGGUUUCACAUUA